AUGCCAGGGUAUACCAUUACAAUACAAGCAGGUCAAUGUGGGAAUCAAGUCGGACUACAAUAUUGGCAGCAAUUGGCUCUGGAGCAUGGGAUAAAUAAAGAUGGAACUCCAACACCUUAUCCACAAAGGUCAUCAUCAGAUAUUGCACAUAAUACCUCACCGCCUACACUGCAAGAAUCAUUUCUGGGCAACGGUGGUAACAAACGACUACAUCGAGAAGACCAUCCAGAGUUGUUUUUUACAUUUUCAGAUUCCAAUACAUAUACCCCUCGUUCAAUCCUCAUCGAUCUCGAGCCAUCGGUGGUAACCAAAGCAUUGAACACGUUGCCCAUGCUUAAUCCAAGGAAUGCUCAUGUCAGCGACCAGGGUAAUGGUGCGGCCAACAAUUGGUCGAAUGGAUACAAAUAUGGGUCAGAGAACAUUGAAAGCAUAUUGAACAUAAUUGACAAGGAGGUUGACAAAUGUGAUAAUUUAUCCCAGUUUCAAUUGUUUCACAGUGUAGCUGGUGGAACAGGGCUGGGAUGUGGCUCAAAGAUAUUGGAAAUAUUACAAGAUAGGUAUACCAGCAAGAAGAUAAUAACAACCAAUUCGAUACUUCCCUCGAAUGAGAAGACGAGUGACGUUGUUGUCCAGCCGUACAAUAGUUUAUUGACUUUAAAGAGAUUGAUUGAAUUCAGUAAUGCUACAUUUGUGUUUCACAAUGAUGCCUUAAAUAACAUUGAAAACACAGUUUUCAACCAAGGGGGAUUACAAGAUCAGGGGCUAUCAAAUGCCACUUCGUUUCAGGGGACCAACAAGCUUAUUGCGUUUGUAAGUGCGUCCGUGAGCAAUCCAAUGCGUUUCCCCGGGUACAUGUACAGCUCAAUCGAAUCAAUAGUGUCGAGUUUAGUUCCGACUCCAGACUUGAAAUUCCUUACAACCUCAGUGGCGCCUUUCAGCACUCAGUCCCACCACAACUACAUAAAUGAGUACGACAUGUUUUUGGAAUUGUCAGAUGACAGAUACAAAACGAACAAGUGUGUGUCAACACCAACGUCUUCAUCCGAGAUAGCUUACAUCAGUUUGAUGAAUUAUUUAAUCAGUGGAUCUAACCUAGAUCGAAAGGAGAUACGGAAAGGAAUUUUGAAACUUCAAACACGAACUAAUUUUGUACCUUGGACUUCAAGAUCUAUUGGGGUAGUACAUGGUAAAAAAUCUCCAUAUUUGAAUAGCACACAUCUUGAAGGAAUACAGAUAUCCAAUAACACUUCCAUUAUAGAUGUGUUCAACAAAAUUUUAAGACAGUAUGACCUAUUGGUUAAAAGAAAGGCCUACUUGAACACUUACAGCGAGGACAACUCUGCUGAAGAGAUGGACCGUGUAGUGGACAUGUUUAGCGAGUGUAAGGAGUCUGUGGUGAGGGUAAUUGACGAGUACAGUGCUUGUAAAAGUAUCAAUUACUUGGAGGAUGACGAUAUAGAUAUGGAUAUCUAG